AUGGCUCCCGGCGCGGUGCUGGGCGCCGUGCUGCUGCUGCUCGCCCUGAGCUCGCGCGCCGCGCCGGAGUCCGGUGCCGAGGCGGUCCCGGAGGGAGCCUCCACGCUGGCCUUCGUGUUCGACGUGACCGGCUCCAUGUACGACGACUUGGUGCAAGUCAUCGAGGGGGCGUCAAAGAUUCUGGAGACGUCGCUGAAGCGGCCCAAGAGGCCGCUUUACAACUUCGCCCUGGUGCCGUUCCACGACCCAGAAAUUGGUCCAGUGACGAUAACCACAGAUCCCAAGAAAUUUCAGUUUGAACUCCGGGAGCUUUAUGUUCAGGGUGGUGGAGACUGUCCAGAGAUGAGCAUUGGAGCAAUUAAGAUUGCUCUAGAAAUCUCUCUUCCUGGUUCUUUCAUCUAUGUAUUUACUGAUGCACGAUCCAAAGACUAUAGACUCACCCAUGAAGUACUUCAGCUCAUUCAACAGAAGCAGUCACAGGUAGUAUUUGUGCUAACUGGAGACUGUGAUGACAGGGAUCAUAUUGGUUACAAAGUCUAUGAAGAAAUUGCCUCAACAAGCUCUGGUCAAGUUUUUCACUUAGACAAAAAGCAAGUUAAUGAGGUGUUAAAAUGGGUUGAAGAAGCAGUUCAAGCAUCCAAAGUACAUCUCUUGUCUACAGACCAUUUGACCAUGGCUGUAAAUACUUGGCAGAUCCCCUUUGAUCCAAGCCUGAAAGAGGUUACAGUGUCCUUGAGUGGUCCUUCACCAGCAAUUGAAAUUCAUGAUCCAUUAGGUAAACAGAUCAGUAAAGGUUUGGGACUGAACGAAUUGCUGAAUAUCCACAACUCUGCAAAAGUAGUAAAUGUCAAAGAUCCAGAGCCUGGAACAUGGACAAUAAAGACAUCGAGCAGUGGAAGGCACUCUGUUCGGAUCACGGGUCUCAGCACUAUUGAAUUUCGAGCUGGGUUUUCCAAGAAGCCAACUUUAGACUUCAAGAAAACAUCCAGCAGACCAGUGCAAGGGAUUCCUACCUUUGUGCUGCUAAAUACCACAGGGAUCCUUCUUCCAGCCAGAGUAGACUGUCUUGAGCUUCUGAGUAUUUCAGGGGAACCUCUUAAGACCUUGCCUGUGAAAUACUAUCCUGACAGAAAGCCGUAUGGACUAUGGAACAUUUCUGACUUUAUUCCACCAGAUGAAGCUUUUUUUCUUAAAAUAACAGGCUAUGACAAGGAUGGUUAUCUUUUCCAGAGAGUUUCAAGUGUUUCAUUUUCUAGUAUUACUCCUGAUGCUCCAAAAGUUACAAUGCCAAACAAGACUCCAGGAUAUUACUCACAGCCAGGGUCUGUUCCUUGCCAUGUAGAAAGUCUUAUACCUUUUACUCAACACUUUACUAAAAAUGGAGUAAAAUUAGGAGUGGAUCAGCUAUUCAAAGAAUCAUCAAGCAUGAGCUGGGAUAUCAACCAAGUCUCCUUGUCUGAUGAAGGUUUCUAUGAAUGUAUUGCAACCAGUGCUGCAGGAAUUGGUCGUGCACAGACUUUUCUGGAUGUAUCAGAGCCUCCACCUGUGAUUCAGGUUCCUAACAAUGUCACAGCUAUCCUUAGGGAAGGAGCCAUCCUGACCUGCCUGGUUGUAAGCACCAUGCGUUACAAUCUUACCUGGCAGAGAAAUGGCAGGGAUGUGAGGCUCCAGGAGCCCCUACGGAUGAGGGUGAUGAGCAAUCUAUCUUUAGAAGUGAAAGCAGUACAGUUCACAGAUGCUGGGAAGUACAACUGCAUAGCUUCUAACAAGGAUGGCUCUGCCAUGGCGUCUGUCUUCCUUAUAGUACAAGAACCACCGAAGAUUGUCAUUUCACCUAAGGAUCAGACUUUUACAGAAGGCUCUGAAGUGUCUAUCAGGUGUUCUACUACAGGUUAUCCAAAGCCAACAGUAGUAUGGACACACAAUGAAAUGUUUAUAAUUGGUUCAAACAGGUAUAGAUUGACCCCAGAAGGCACCUUGAUCAUACGACAGGCAAUUCCAAAAGAUGCAGGUGUUUAUGGUUGCUUGGCAAGUAACUCAGCUGGGACAGAGAAACAGACAUCUAUUCUUACAUACAUCGAGGGCCCAACAGUGACCAUAGUUCAAAGAGAAAUUCUGGUUGCCCUUGGAGACACAACUAUUAUGGAGUGUAAAACAACUGGAAUCCCACAUCCUCAAGUUAAAUGGUUUAAAGGUGACUUAGAGUUGAGGGCAUCAGUGUUUCUCAUUAUUGAUACACAUCGGGGUCUUUUGAAGAUCCAAGAAACACAAGAGCUGGACGCUGGUGAUUACACCUGUGUGGCUACCAAUGAUGCAGGGAGAGCUUCUGGAAAGAUAACCCUAGAUGUAGGCUCUCCCCCAAUUUUUACACAAGAACCGAGUGAUGAAUCUGUGGAUAUUGGCUCAAAUAUCACACUGCCAUGCUAUGUUCAGGGUUACCCAGAGCCAAAGAUUAAAUGGAAGCGGCUGAGUGGCGCUUCCCUUUUCUCAAGACCACUUGCUGUUAGUUCCAUCAGUCAGCUCAGAACAGGAGCUCUGUCAAUUAAUAAUUUGUGGGUUAGUGAUGAAGGAACUUAUGUCUGUGAAGCUGAAAACCAGUUUGGGAGGAUUCAGUCACAGCCAGCCACAAUCACAGUAACUGGACUGGUUGCACCUCUGAUUGGAAUAAGCCCAGCCACAGCCAACGUAAUUGAGGGGCAGCAGCUCACUUUGCCAUGUGUUCUGCUUGCUGGAAACCCCAUUCCAGACCGGAAGUGGAUUAAGAACAGUAUGGUGCUGGUUCCCAAUCUCUACAUUAAUGUUCGAAGUGAUGGGAGCCUGCAUCUUGAAAGAGUUCGGCUGCAAGAUGGGGGUGAUUAUACCUGCAUGGCCAGUAAUGUUGCUGGGACAAAUAACAAAACCACUACUGUUAAUGUGUAUGUUCUGCCCAUUAUUCAGCAUGGGCAGCAGAUAUUCAGCACCACUGAAGGAAUUCCAGUAACAUUGCCAUGUAAAGCAAGUGGAGUUCCUAAGCCAACUAUUACUUGGUCGAAGAAGGGAGAAGUAAUUUUUCCCAGCAAUGGGAAAUUUUCCACGGGUUCUGAUGGAAGUCUCUAUGUAGUUUCGCCAGAGGGUGAAGAGACUGGGGAAUAUCUGUGUACUGCAACAAAUGCUGCUGGUUAUGCUACACGGAAAGUCCAGCUGACUGUAUAUGUGAAACCUAGAGUAUCCAGGCCUGGAGACCAGCAAGGGCAUGGGCCUAUAGAGAUCUCAGUAAUUAGCGGAGAAGAUGUCACACUUUCAUGUGAAGUAAAGAGCUUGCCACCUCCCAUAAUUACCUGGGCUAAAGAGACACAGCUCAUAUCUCCAUUCUCUCUAAGACAUACUUUCCUACCCUCAGGGUCAAUGAAAAUCAGUGAGACACAAGUUUCAGACAGUGGAAUGUAUUUCUGUGUAGCCACCAAUAUUGCUGGGAAUGUGACUCAAUCAGUGAAAUUAAGCGUACAUGUUCCUCCUAAGAUACAUCGUGGUCAUCAAAUUGUGAAAGUCCAGGCUGGCCACAGGGUUGACAUACCCUGCAGUGCCCAGGGGAGCCCUCCGCCAGCAAUCACCUGGUUCAGGGGCACUAGUGCCGUGCCAGUAGACAGCAGGCAGCCCACUCACAGUCUGGAUGGGGCUCUGAGCAUCAGCAACAUCCAGCUUUCCCAUGCUGGGAUCUACAGGUGCAUCGCCACCAAUGCGGCAGGCACUGACACCUCCGAGAUAACAGUUCAAGUCCAAGAGCCUCCUACUAUAGGUGAUCUUGAUCCUCCAUACAAUAAUCCUCUUCAAGAAAGAGUGGCAAAUCAACGUGUUGCAUUCCCAUGUCCAGUAAAAGGUAUUCCAAAGCCUGUCAUCAAAUGGCUACAUAAUGGAAGAGAAUUGACAGGCAGAGAACCAGGAAUUUCAGUUCUGGAGGAUGACAUGCUGCUGAUCAUAGCUUCUGUUACACCAUCUGAUAAUGGAGAAUAUAUCUGUGUGGCAACCAAUGAAGCUGGAAGUACAGAAAGAAAGUAUAACCUGAAAGUUUAUGUUCCUCCUGAAAUUAGAGAUCAAGAAAAGGUGGCAAAUACAUCUGUAGUUGUUAAUCAUCCUGUAAGUCUCUUCUGUGAAGUAUUUGGAAAUCCAUUCCCAGUCAUCUCCUGGUAUAAAGAAGAUAUCCAGGUUGUGGAAAGCAAUACUCUCCAGAUUUUGCACAACGGAAAGAUACUGAAGCUCCUUAAAGCUACUGUUGAUGAUGCUGGGCAAUACUCAUGCAAAGCCAUAAAUGUAGCAGGAAGUUCUGAGAAGCUCUUUAACCUAGAUAUACUGGUUCCUCCAAGUAUAGUAGGUGCUGAUACCACCAGUGAAAUUGCAGUCAUUCUCAACCAGGAAAUGAGUCUGGAAUGCAGAGCCAAAGGCUUUCCUUUUCCUGGCAUUCACUGGUUCAAAGACAGCAAGCCCCUGUUCUUGGGUGAUCCCAAUUUUGAGCUUCUGGAAAAAGGUCAAGUUCUCCAUAUAAAGUCUGCUCGAAGGGUUGACAAAGGUCAUUACCAGUGCAGUGCCACUAACACUGCUGGCAAACAAAUUAAGGAGGUCAAGCUGAUCAUCCACGUUCCUCCUAGUAUUAAAGGAGGCAAUAUUACCACAGAGAUAUCAGCACUUCUUAACAAUCUUAUUAAUUUGGAUUGUGAAACCAAGGGAAUCCCUGUUCCUACCAUUACCUGGUACAAAGAAGGACGCCCCAUUAUUUCCAGCCCUCAAGCUCUAUAUGUGGACAAAGGGCAGUUCCUGCAAAUACCUCAUGCCCAAGUGUCAGAUUCUGCAAAGUACACUUGCCACGUGUCCAAUGCUGCUGGAGCUGCUGAAAAAAUAUAUGAGGUGGAUGUCUAUGUUCCUCCAGUAAUAGAGGGUGAUGCCGAAACAGCACAGAGCAGGCAGGUGGUUGCUGGCAAUUCACUGACUUUAGAAUGUAAAGCUGCUGGCAACCCUUCUCCACUCCUUACCUGGUUAAAGGAUGGUGUGCCUGUGAAAGCAAGUGACAACCUCCGCAUUGUGUCUGGUGGGAAGAAGCUGGAGAUCCUCAGUGCUGUUGAGGCUGAUCGGGGCCAGUAUUUGUGUGUGGCCACAAGUAUAGCUGGAGAACAAGAAAUCAAGUAUGGAGUUGAAAUCCUAGUCCCACCAUUUGUGGAAGGUGGGGAUGAGUUCUUGGACUACACUGUGGUUCUCCAUAGCCCAUUGGAGUUGGAUUGUUCAGCAACAGGGACACCUUCACCAACAAUCACGUGGUUAAAAGAUGGCCAGCCAAUUGAAGAGGGAACCGGACAUAAGAUCUUGUUAAAUGGACAAAAAUUUCUCAUCUCUCGAGCUCAAGUAUCAGAUACAGGCCAUUAUAAAUGCGUGGCUGUGAAUAUGGCAGGAGAACAUGAAAGGAAAUUUGUUGUUACUGUGCAUGUUCCUCCAACUAUUAAAUCAGCUGCCACUUCUGAGAGAGCUGUUGUGCUAUACAAAGCUGUGACACUUCAGUGCAUAGCCAAUGGCAUUCCUAGCCCUUCCGUAACUUGGCUGAAAGAUGGUCAACCAGUAAACACAGCCAGGGGAAAUACUAGACUGGAGUCUUCAGGCCAUGUUCUGCAAGUUGUUGAGGCCAUGCUUGAAGAUGCUGGCAGAUAUACUUGUGUGGCAACAAAUGCUGCAGGAGAAGCCCAACAGCAUAUUCAGCUUCAUGUGCACGAACCACCCAGCCUGGAGGAUGCAGGAAGAAUGCUAAGUGAAACAGUGGUUGUGAAUAAUCCAAUCCAUCUUGAAUGCAGAGCAUCGGGGAACCCUGUGCCAGCUAUCACCUGGUACAAAGACAGUCGUCCACUCACCAGUGCUGCAAGUGUCACUUUUCUGAACAAGGGUCAGGUUCUGGAGAUUGAGGGUGCUCAGAUCUCUGACACUGGUGUUUACAAGUGUGUGGCUGUCAACACUGCAGGCACAGCUGAGUUGUCCUACAGUCUUCAGGUUCAUGUCCCACCAUCAAUCUCUGACAGCAGUGACACGGUGACAGCAGUGGUCAAUAAUCUGGUGCGACUGGAGUGUGAAGCCAGAGGCAUCCCUGCACCCAUCCUGACAUGGCUAAAAGAUGGCAGUCCUGUUUCCAGCUUUAGCAAUGGUCUUCAGGUUCUGUCUGGGGGCCGAGUCCUGGUGUUGACUAGUGCUCAGUUAAGUGACACGGGAAAAUAUACCUGUGUUGCAGUGAGUGCUGCAGGAGAAAGCCAAAGAGAUACAGAUCUCAGAGUUUAUGUUCCACCAAACAUCAUGGGAGAGGAACAAAAUGUCUCUGUGCUCAUCAGCCAGGCAAUGGAGCUGCUCUGUCAGAGCAAUGCUGUUCCCCUGCCUGUGCUGACGUGGCUCAAAGAUGGGCGACCCUUGCUGAAGAAACCAGGUCUUAGCAUUUCUGAAGAUGGAAGUGUGCUGAAGAUUGAAGAAGCUCAAGUACAGGACACUGGCCGUUACACUUGCGAAGCAACAAAUGUUGCUGGGAAAACUAAAAAGAACUAUAACGUCAAUAUCUGGGUUCCACCAAGUAUUUAUGGUUCAGAUGACAUCUCUCAGCUGAUAGUAAUCGAAGGGAACCUGAUAAGCUUGACAUGUGAAUCUACAGGCAUUCCACCACCUAGUCUUACCUGGACAAAGAGUGGCUCACCACUUGUAGUCGACCGGUCAGGAAGGGUACGGAUAUUAUCUGGAGGCAGGCAGCUGCAGAUUUCAAUUGCUGAAAUGUCUGAUGCCGCGUCUUAUAUUUGUAUUGCUUCAAAUGUAGCAGGAAGUGCAAAGAAAGAAUACAGCUUGCAAGUGUACAUUCGCCCAACAAUACUGGACAGUAGUAGCCACCCAUCAGAAGUUGUUGUCACCCAGGGAAGUGAAGUUUCCCUAGAGUGCAAGGCUCAGGGUAUUCCAGAGCCAGCAGUAACAUGGAUGAAGGAUGGCAGUCCGCUGGUCAGUGGAAAGGACGUAGCAAUACUUCAUGAUGGGCACUUUCUUCAACUGAGAAAUAUCCAGGUGUUGGACACGGGUCGCUAUGUCUGUGUUGCUGCCAAUGUGGCAGGGCUGUCUGACAGAAAAUAUGAUUUAAAUGUUCAUGUUCCCCCAAGUAUUGCUGGUGACCUUCAAUUGCCCGAGAACAUCAGUACUGUGGAGAAGAAUCCCAUCUCUCUAGUUUGUGAAGCCUCAGGAAUUCCCUUGCCAUCAAUAAUGUGGCUCAAGAAUGGAUGGCCUGUCACUUCAAACACCUCGGUGCGAAUCCUCUCAGGGGGUAGAACACUUCGUUUCGUACAUACGACUGUAUCAGAUGGAGGGCACUAUACGUGUGUGGUGACCAACACUGCAGGAGAAGUGAGGAAGGAUUUUUACCUUUCUGUUCUAGUGCCUCCAGGGAUUGUGGAUGAAAAUAAGCUAGAAGAUGUGAAAGUGAAAGAGAAGAACAAUGUUACAUUAACAUGCGAAGUGAUAGGGAAUCCUGUACCACAGAUCACCUGGAUAAAGAAUGGGCAGCCUUUAAUGGAGGACAAAGAUCACAAGUUUCUGUCCAAUGGACGUUUACUGCAAAUCACCACUGCUCAAGUUUCAGACACAGGGAGAUAUACUUGUGUUGCAUCCAAUACAGCUGGAGAGAAGAGCAGAAGUUACAGUCUUAAUGUACUUGUGCCUCCUACCAUUGUGGGUGCAGAUAGCCGUGGAAGUGCAGAAGAGGUCACUGUUAUCCUCAGCAGUCCAACAUCUCUUGUUUGUGAGGCUUAUUCGUAUCCUCCAGCUACAAUAACCUGGAUGAAAGAUGGUAAUCUUUUAGAAUCAAACAGAAAUAUCCACAUUUUGCCAGGUGGUCGAACCCUGCAGAUUCUAAGUGCUCAGAAGGACAGUGCUGCGAGAUAUACCUGCAUAGCCACAAACGAGGCUGGAGAAACUUUGAAACACUAUGAAGUGAAAGUCUACAUUCCACCCACCAUUAACAGAAGGGGUGUCCCAGGGAUGGGUCUCUCCCCUAAGGAGAUGAAGAUCAAAAUCAACCACAGUCUUACUCUGGAGUGUGAAGCACAUGCCGUUCCUGCUGCUGCCAUCAGCUGGUACAAGGAUGGACGGCCUCUUAAACCAGAUGGUCGUGUCAUUAUCCGAGCCAAUGGCCGUACUCUGCAGAUUACAGAGACUCAGGUUUCAGAUACAGGACGGUACAUUUGCCUGGCAUCCAAUAUUGUUGGAGAGGAUGAAGUAGAAUUUGAUAUACAUAUACAAGUUCCUCCUAGUUUCCAAAAGCCUUACAGAGGAUGGGAAGCUGGUAAUGUGUUAGAUACAGGAAGAGGUGGAGAAAAUAAAGAUGUGAUUGUCAACAAUCCCCUUUCACUGUACUGUGAGACUGAUGCUGUUCCUCCUCCAGUUCUUACAUGGUAUAAAGAUGGCUAUCCUCUGAGCUCUAGCGAUAAAAUACUGAUAUUGCCAGGAGGUCGCGUGUUACAGAUUCCACGGGCACAGGCUGAAGAUGCUGGGAGAUACAUGUGUGUGGCAGUAAAUGAAGCUGGAGAGGAUUCCUUCCAUUACGAUGUCCGCGUGCUCUUGCCACCAUCCAUCAGUGGAGCAGAUGGUGAUCUGCCUGAAGAAGUGAAUGUGUUUGGGAACAAGGUCGCGGUGAUGGACUGUGUCACGAGUGGCACUCCAUCUCCAAGCAUCACCUGGCAGAAGGAUGGCCAUCUCCUAGCACAAGAUGACAAACAUAGCUUUUUGUCCAAUGGAAGAAGAUUGCAGAUUUUGAAUUCCCAAAUAACAGAUACUGGCAGGUAUGUCUGUGUUGUGGAAAACAUAGCUGGAAGGGCCAAGAAGUAUUUUAACCUGAAUGUUCAUGUUCCUCCAAGUGUUGUUGGUGCUAAUCCUGAGAAUUUGACUGUCGUGGUGAAUAAUUUCAUCUCUCUGACUUGUGAGGUCACUGGCUUUCCGCCUCCUGAUCUCAGCUGGCUCAAGAAUGGAAAAUCUAUCAGCUUGAAUACUAACACAUUUAUUGUGCCUGGUGCUCGGACUCUGCAGAUUUCCCACGCCAAACUUUCAGAUGAUGGUGAAUAUACUUGUAUUGCAAGAAACCAAGCUGGAGAAAGUCGGAAAAAAAGCUUCCUAACUGUCCUUGUUCCCCCAAGCAUCAAAGACCAGAGUGGAACCUCAAUGACAGUGUUGAACGUGAGAGUUGGUACCCCAGUGAUGUUAGAGUGUGAAGCCAGUGCUAUCCCACCACCAGUCAUCACCUGGUACAAGAACAGGCGUAUAAUUUCAGAGUCUGCAAAUAUGGAGAUCUUAGCAGAUGGGCAAACACUGCAAAUCAAGGGUGCUGAGGUUUCUGACACUGGCCAAUAUGUGUGCAAAGCCAUAAAUAUUGCUGGGCGAGAUGAUAAAAAUUUCCAUCUUAACGUUUAUGUGCCACCAAAUAUAGAAGGCCCUGAAGAAGAGUUGAUCAGUGAAACAGUCAGUAAUCCUGUUGCCUUCAUGUGUGAUGCUACUGGAAUUCCUCCACCAACACUGGUCUGGCUUAAGAAUGGAAAACCACUAGAGAACUCCAAUUCUCUUGAAGUUCAUAUUUUAUCUGGUGGAAGUAAGCUUCAGAUUGCUCGCUCUCAGCUUCUAGACAGUGGGACCUAUACGUGUAUUGCCUCAAAUGUCGAGGGAAAAGCUCAGAAAAGUUUUGUGCUUUCCAUUCAAGUUCCUCCUAGUAUUGUCGGCUCUGAAAUGUCUCGUGAGGUCGGUGUCCUCUUGGGAGAAGGCAUCCAGCUGGUAUGCAAUGCCACGGGAGUGCCAGCACCUGUUGUACAAUGGCUUAAAGAUGGAAAAACAGUUGCUAGUGACAACCUACAAAGAAUAAGAGUAGCUCCAGAUGGCAGCGCAUUAAAAAUCUUCAAAGCUCUCACUUCUGAUAGAGGAAAAUACACUUGUGUGGCUACUAAUCCGGCAGGAGAAGAGGACCAAAUUUUCAGCUUGAGUGUAUACGUUCCUCCAACAAUAACCAACAGUAAAAGUGAACCAGAAGAACUCACUGCUCUUUUGGACACCUCCAUAAAUAUUGGAUGUACUGCUACUGGAAUGCCAUCUCCACAGAUAAACUGGCUGAAGAAUGGCCUUCCUCUGUCUGUCUCCUCCCGGAUCAGGUUACUGUCCGCUGGGCAAAUUCUCAGACUUGUCAGAGUGCAAAUAUCUGAUGCUGGUGUGUACACUUGUGUAGCAUCUAGCAGAGCUGGAGUAGACAACAAGCAUUAUAACCUUCAAAUUUUUGUACCACCAAGUCUGGAUAAUGCAAGAGGAACAGAGGAAGUGACUGUAACAAGAGGCAGUUCAGCUUCACUGAAGUGUUUUACUGAUGGCACUCCUGUCCCUGCUAUGUCUUGGUUUAAAAGUGGACACCCAUUAAGCCUUGGAGCUCACCAGACUUUAAGUGACCAAGGAAUGGUUCUUCAUUUUGUAAAAGCAGAAAUUGGUGACGUAGGCAAAUACACUUGUGUAGCAUCUAAUAAAGCAGGAGAUGUCAGCAAGCACUUUUCCCUAAAAGUGUUGGAACCACCUCAAAUCAACGGUUCAGGUCAACCAGAAGAGCUCUCUGUGAUUGUCAACAACCCCCUUGAACUUCUUUGCAUCUCUACUGGCAUUCCAAUCCCCAAAAUCUCAUGGAUGAAGGAUGGGCGCCCGCUUCUGCAAAAUGACAAUGUUCAUGUUGUAAGAGAAGGGCUUCGAAUAACCAGUACUCAGGUGGAGGAUGCAGGAAGAUACACAUGUUUGGCAUUUAGCCCAGCAGGGGAUGAUGAUAAGGAAUAUUUAGUAAGAGUGCAUGUUCCUCCUAAUAUUGCUGGUACCAGUGGUCUGCAGGACCUCACUGUGUUGCAGAACAAACAAGUUAUAUUGGAAUGCAAGUCAGAUGCUGUACCACCUCCUACAAUCUCGUGGUUUAAAAAUGGAGAACUUGUAGAGGGAACUCCUCGAAUUCGAAUCCUAUCCAAUGGGCGAUAUAUGCAAAUCAAUAAUGCUGACCUCGGUGAUACAGCAAACUAUACAUGUGUGGCAAGUAAUGUUGCAGGAAAAAUGACCAAGGAGUUCAUGCUAGCAGUACAUGUGGCUCCAACAAUUCGAAGUAGCUCUCAGACUGCUGUUGUCCAUUUAAACGCAUCUGCUGUUCUGGAGUGUAGUGCAGAAGGAAUACCAACCCCCAGAAUUACAUGGAGGAAAGAUGGGGCUGUUUUUAAUGGAAACAAUACAAGAUAUUCCAUAUUAGAGGAUGGAUCUCUACAAAUCCACUCAGCACGUGUUGCUGACACAGGAAGAUACGUCUGUAUGGCAACUAAUGCAGCCGGCACAGAGCGCAAACAAAUUGAUCUGCAAGUCCUUGUGCCUCCAACUAUUGCUUCUGGACGUACUAAUAUUACAGUUACUGUAAAUGUGCAAACCACAUUGCCCUGCGAAGCCACUGGAAUUCCCAGGCCAGCAGUUAGCUGGAAGAAGAAUAGGCAUCUGCUUACUCUUGACCAGAACCAGAAUUCUUACAGACUUCUGUCUUCAGGUUCCUUAGUAAUCAUUUCCCCCACUGUGGAUGACACUGCUGUCUAUGAGUGCUCUGUGUCAAAUGAUGCAGGAGAAGAUCAAAGAGCAGUUGAGCUCACUGUUCAAGUGCCCCCAUCCAUAGCAGAUGAAGCCACAGAUCUCUUGGUAACAAAGCUGUCUCCAGUAGUAAUUUCCUGCACUGUCUCGGGGGUUCCUGUUCCCUCGGUUCAUUGGACCAAAAAUGGCGUAAAGUUGCUUUCCAGAGGAGAUGGCUACAGAAUUCUCCCUUCAGGUGCUGUUGAAAUUCCUGCUGUUCAGUUGGCACAUGCAGGUCGGUACACCUGUGUGGCCCGGAACACGGCUGGCUCUGCUCAUAGGCAUGCCACUCUUCAUGUUCAUGAACCACCCAUCAUCCAAAUUCAGCCAGGGAUGCUGGAUGUCAUUGUGAACAAUCCCAUUCUGUUACCAUGCGAAGCAGUGGGAACACCUCAACCCGUAAUAACAUGGCAAAAGGAGGGUAUCAAUAUAAUGACAACAGGAAACAGUUAUAUGGUUCUUCCCAAUGGCAACUUACAGAUUACAGAAUCAACUGUUGAAGAUGCUGGCACUUAUACAUGUGUUGCUCAAAAUCCAGCUGGCACUGCUUUGGGGAAAAUCAAACUGAAAGUUCAUGUCCCUCCUGUCAUCAAGUCCCAGCCAAAGGAGUAUGUUGUUCCUGUUGAUCAAUCUGUCACUCUACAGUGCGAGUCUGAAGGCAACCCUGGGCCAGAGAUCAGUUGGCAUAAAGAUGGCCAGCAAGUAACGGAAUCCAUGAGAAGAAGAAUCCUUAGCACUGGGGCGCUGCAGAUUGUGCUUGUGCAGCCUGGUGACAUGGGCCGUUACACAUGCAUAGCUGCAAAUGUGGCAGGGUCCAGCAGUUCCAGCAUGGAACUUGUUGUGCAGACUCCACCCAAGAUUCACAAUAGGGAGGCACAUUACACGGUCAUGGAGGAUUCCCGUGCUGUUCUGGCCUGUGUGGCAGAUGGAAUUCCAACACCAGUAAUAAACUGGAAGAAGGACAAUGCACUGUUAACAGAGAUAGUGGGAAAAUACAAGACUGUGCCAGGUGGAGACCUCAUUUUGGACAAUGUUGUUCCUGAAGAUUCUGGCACUUAUACCUGUACUGCCAAGAAUGCUGCUGGAGAAGACACACAUUCUGUCACACUGGUUGUUCAUGUACUCCCAGCUUUUACUGAACUGCCUGGAGAUGUAACUUUGACUAAAGGAGAACAACUUAGAUUAACUUGCAAAGCAACUGGGAUACCUGUGCCCAAAAUAACUUGGACUUUUAAUAAUAACAUCAUUCCAGCACAGUAUGAUGAUGUAAGUGGACACAGUGAACUUGUUAUUGGAAGAGUAUCUAAAGAUGACUCUGGUACCUAUGCAUGCACAGCAGAAAAUGAAGUUGGCUCCAUCAGAGCUAUUGGUUUUGUUUAUGUCAAAGAGCCUCCGGUCUUCAGAGGGGAUUACUAUCCUAGCCGAAUUGAGCCCUUGGGUGGUAAUGCUGUGCUGAACUGUGAAGUCAGAGGGGAUCCACCUCCAACCAUCCAGUGGAGCAAAGAAGGAGUGGGCAUUCAGAUUAGCAAGAGGAUCCGACAGCUUAACAAUGGUUCUCUUGCUAUCUACGGCACUGUUAACGAAGAUGCUGGUGACUACAAGUGUGUGGCAACCAAUGAUGCUGGUGUGGUGGAACGCAGUCUAACACUCACCCUUCAGAGUCCUCCAGUCAUCACCCUUGAGCCUGCAUGGACCACUGUUGAAGCUGGUGGUACAGCAAUGCUGAACUGCCAGGCCAGUGGAGAACCCCCUCCAGCCAUCAGAUGGUCCCGCCAAGGUCAUCCGCUUGUGAGCGAUGACAGGGUGACUGUCUUGCCUAAUGGCUCCCUGCAUAUCACUGCAGCACAGAAGGAAGAUACAUCUGAAUAUGAAUGUGUAGCGAGGAAUCUAAUGGGAUCUGUGCUUGUUAGAGUUCCACUGACUGUCCAGGUUGAUGGCAACUGGUCCGAAUGGGGGCUUUGGGAGGAGUGUUCAAAGAGCUGUGGAGAAGGGAACAGGACCAGAACCAGAACCUGCAGUAACCCACCAGCCCAGCACGGUGGGAAGCCAUGCAAUGGCAGUGCUGUGGAUUUCAUCAUGUGCAAAGUUGGGCCUUGUCCAGUUGAUGGUGAGUGGAGCUCCUGGCUUCCAUGGGGCCCAUGCAGUGAGAGCUGUGGGAAAGGCACCCAGACGCGGCUGCGGCUCUGCAGCAGCCCACCUCCCUCACAUGGUGGGUCCCACUGUCAUGGGCCUGAUGUGCAAAGGCAGGUCUGCAGCAAGAGGCACUGCCCAGUGGAUGGAAAGUGGGCCCCGUGGGGCAGCUGGAGCGCCUGCACUGUGUCCUGUGGUGGAGGCAGCAGUCAGAGAACACGCCAAUGCUCAGACCCAGCCCCACAGUUUGGAGGUCACAGAUGUGAAGGAAAUGACAUACAAGUUGAUUUUUGUAACAGUGAUCCUUGUCCUGUUCAUGGCAGCUGGGGCCCUUGGGGCAGCUGGGGAGCGUGCAGCCGCUCGUGCAACGGCGGGCAGGCAAGGCGGUACCGGGGCUGUGACAGCCCUCGCCCCAGCAGUGGCGGCAGGGCCUGCGCAGGGGCUGACAUGCAGAUCCAGCGGUGUGGCACUGACUUGUGCCUUGUGAAUGGAAACUGGGGGCCAUGGCAGACAUGGAGCCAGUGCUCUGCUUCUUGUGGCGGAGGAGAGCAGACCCGAACACGCCUGUGCAGGAAUCCUGCCCUGCUAUAUCAUGGCCAUCCUUGUCCUGGAGACUCCUCCCAGAUAUCCAGGUGUAAUAGUCAAGCAUGUCCUGGUGGGCCUUCACGUGCCCAAGGCAGCAUCACUGGAAACAUUAACAAUAUUGAGUUUGGAAUUGCUUUCCUGAAUGCCACAGUAACAGACAGCCUGAACUCUGAAUCUAGAGUAAUACAAGCAAAGAUUACAAGCAUCCCUCGGAGUCUUGGUCCAGCACUAAGAAAGCUUGUUUCUAUUCUGAGCCCAGUCUAUUGGACAACUGCAAAAGAAAUUGGAGAAGCAAUGAAUGGAUUUACGCUCACUGGUGCGAUAUUCAAGAGAGAAACCCAAGUGGAAUUUGCAACAGGAGAGGUUCUGCGAAUAACUCACAUUGCCCGGGGUUUGGAUUCAGACGGAGCCUUACUGCUGGAUGUUGUUGUGAAUGGCCAUGUUCUGCAGCUGCAGCCACUAGCUAAUGUUAACAUGAAGGAUUACACAGAAGACUACAUUCAGACCGGCCCCGGGCAGCUGUAUGCCCAUUCCACUCGCCUCUUUGCUGUGGAUGGAGUUAGUGUUCCCUACACAUGGAACCACACUAUUACCUAUGAUCAUACUAAAGGAAAAAUGCCUUUUUUGGUGGAAACGCUCCAGGCUUCCUCUAUCACAACAGAGUACAAUCCACUGGAAGAAACUUUGGCUUUUAAAAUCCACGCUUCCAUUUCAAAAGGAGAUCAUAGCAACCAGUGUCCUGCUGGAUUUGAGUUGGACUCAUCUGGGCCUUACUGUACAGAUGAAGAUGAAUGUGCUGUGCGAAAUCCCUGUUCCCACACCUGCCACAACGCCAUGGGAUCCUACCACUGCUCCUGUCCAAAAGGCCUCACCAUUGCUGCAGAUGGAAGAAUGUGCCAGGAUGUUGAUGAGUGUGCCCUGGGCAGGCACAGCUGCCACACCAACCAGGACUGUGAGAACAGCGCUGGCUCAUACCGCUGUGUGCUGCGCUGCAGGACCGGCUUCCGGAGGGCGGUGGAUGGGCUCAGCUGCCAGGAUAUUAAUGAGUGUCAAGAGUCCAACUCCUGUCAUCAGCAUUGCUUCAAUACCAUAGGAAGUUUCCACUGUGGUUGUGAUCCAGGAUACCAGCUAAAGGGCAGAAAAUGCAUAGAUAUAAAUGAAUGCAGGCAGAAUGUAUGCAGGCCUCAUCAGCUUUGCAAAAACACCCGUGGUGGCUAUAAGUGCAUUGAGCUGUGUCCAAAUGGAAUGACCAAAGCAGAAAACGGAACUUGUAUUGACAUCAAUGAGUGCCGUGACGGAACCCAUCAGUGCCACUACAACCAGAUCUGUGAGAACAUGCAAGGGAGUUACCGCUGUGUAUGUCCAAGAGGGUAUCGGUCACAGGGAGCUGGAAGGCCUUGCAUAGACAUUAAUGAAUGUGAACAAGUGCCUAAGCCCUGUGCAUUUUGGUGCACCAACACCCCCGGCAGCUUCAAGUGUAUCUGUCCACCUGGACAACAUUUAUUAGGUGAUGGGAAAUCUUGUGCUGGAUUGGAGAGAUUGCCACAUUCUGGUGCCUAUUACAAUGUCUAUAACUAUGCUCAAUUCUCCCCUAUGAGAGACAACUAUCAACCUCAACAGUAUUACAGGCACUCCUCAAACCUCUACAGCUCCUUCUCAGAGUAUAGGAACAGCAGAAUACCUGUCUCCAGAACUAAAAGGAACAUUAGAGAAACUUGUCCUGAAGGCUAUGAGGCAAGAAAUGACAGAUGUGUAGACAUUGAUGAAUGUGAUGCCAGAGAUACAUGCCAGCACGAGUGCAGGAACACCCUGGGAAGUUACCAGUGUGCUUGUCCUUCUGGUUAUCAUCUUAUGCCCAACGGCAAAACUUGCCAAGACAUUGAUGAGUGCCUCGAGCAGGACACUGACUGUGGAGCAAGCCAGAUGUGCUUCAACACGAGAGGGAGCUACCAGUGCAUAGAGACACCUUGCCCACCAAACUACCAGCGGGAGCCUCUUUCUGGGUUCUGUCUCAAAAACUGCCCAGCCAAUGAUUUGGAGUGUGCCCUGAGUACCUAUGCCUUGGAAUACAAAUUUGUCUCCCUCCCCUUUGGCAUAGCUUCUGGUCAGGACUUAAUCCGGCUGGUUGCCUUUACACAAGAUCAAGUCAUGCAUCCAAGGACAACUUUCUUAAUGGCAGAUGAGGAGCCAACAAUCCCAUUUGCCCUGCGAGAUGAGAACUUGAAAGGAGUUGUGUUUACCACCAGACCACUGCAAGAGCCGAAGACUUACCGUGUGAGAAUCAGAGCCCUAUCCUAUGGUGUUGAUGGAAACAUCGAGUAUCAGACAACUUUCAUUGUUUAUAUAGCAGUGUCAGCCUAUCCUUAUUAAACACACAAGCUACUUCAGAGUAAUCGCAGUAUUUUAACCACAUUCAUACAUGUUGAUGGGUUUUACCACUUCAGACAGAUCCUACUGUCUGCCUAUGGUUGUGAACCAUGUAUCUUGAAAAUGGUGCUAUGCUUUUUUUUUUCUUUCCCUGGGGCUACUCAUACAGUUAUAUUAUUCCAAUUCUAGAGGAAAAUCCUUGGCUUUGAGGAUCUGCUACUACUUCCUGUAUUUAUUACACCAGAGCAGUCAUUUUCCACAGCCGAACAAAGUAAAGUAUGAGCUGAUGAAAGUAUAGUCAAAAGCAAUUUUCAGCCUCAGUUAAAAGCAACUGAAGAAAUGCUAACUAGAAGAAAUACUAGUUUUGAGUGUUCUGUGUAUCUUAAAGGUUGCUAAAUGUGUUACUGUUUUAGAUGUAUUAGAUUUUUUUGUAUCAAAUACCUGAUAGAAUUAGGACUGUACAUAUAUUAUGUCACGUGCUCAGAAAAAAAACAAACACCACUAUCAUGGUGCCAGUGCUGAAACACGAUAGUAGUUUCUUUUCAGCUGAAGAAUCUACCAUAGAAUUUGGAAAUUGUUCUCUGUGCAAUUUUAGGGAUGUCAGUGUGGCUUGGAAGAAAAAACAAACGACAUGGUUUCUUCUAUUUUAUAAGCAGGUAUUCUAUAACUUUUCUUUUUCUUUCUUUUUUUUUUUUUUUUUUUUUUUUUUUUACCUGACAUUCUGGUAUAGCCAUUUGUUUAGCUCAAAAUGUCCAUUUCAGUACUUCCAAAUCAGUUAAAUUUUUUUGUUUGCUUGUUUUUGCAAAGCUUUCUUCCAAAAUACAUAGUAAGUUUGCUUCAAUAAUGUCAAUACACUGUACACAAGUAAUUUUGCCAAGAUGUAUUCUAUUUUUAUGGAAGUGUAUAUAUGUUUUUUCUAUGUUUAUUUUCUAUGCAGUAUCUCAAGAGUGUUUUACAGUUAAGUUUUCAUAAGAAGUACAUUGCCAGUAUGUUGGAAAUAAUCAAAAUAAAGGUUCCUAUUGCCUUUGA